AUGGCGGAAAUUAAAUCUAUUGGAGACUAUGAACUUUUGUACUCCGAUGCAACAGAUGUCGAGAAGCUUCGAGAAUCUGAUGAACCAUUUGUACUUCACAAGUAUAAGAAAGAGUAUGGGAAACCCUACAGUCGCAUUACAUUUUACCUAUCGUUGAAAACAGAUUUGAUCAACUAUAAACUUACUGCUUUGAAAAAAGCAAUUUAUAGUUCACCCUCGUGUGAGAGUCAAGGUGAGAGUGAUUCAGAAGGAAGUCAAUCCAAGAAAUUGAAGACAGAACCGAAACGUCGCAAACCAUCAACGGUUAAGACCCAGAAACCAGUUAUUCAAGUUGUUGAUUCUAGUCAGUUAGCACUUCAUCCGACACAGAGCUAGAGCAGACAGAGCCAAAACAGACUGAGCAAAUUGAGACGGAUGCUGCCAUUGCCCUGGCAUUGCAAAUGGAGAAUGUGGACAAUACUUAUGCUGCACUUUUCACUGUUGAUGAUCAACUAGAGGAACUGUCCACCAAUGAAGAGACAUGUUCUGAUGAUGCAGUAGAAAUGUCUACAUCUGGCAAGGAUGAUGCUCAAACUCCCACAAUUGAAGCAGUGGUAACAGAAUUAGCUCAGCAAGUAGAUUUCAGUAAUAUUACUAAGUUUAAUGUUGUCCGUACCCAUCUUUUUGACAGUGCAAAACGGGCCUUAAACCGUAAAAAAUUUGAUCCAUGCCAUAAAGUCUCUGUGAAGUUUAUGGAUGAUGUAAGCUGA